AAGUAUUUCCGCUCUCAUGGUGGCUAGAAUGUUCUAGUCCACUAAGCAAAGCCAGAUCCCCACUGUUUUCCUCCUCAAACCAGCAACCAUCCAUUUCCCUCCACGCAGCCGCGAUGGCCGCUCCGGCCGGCACCCCCACCCCUCCGCCUGUGCCAUCGGAGUCGACGACCGCCGCCGACCCGAAGCUGCCGCCGCCGCUGCCUCCUCCUCCUUUGGGCGCUGAGUCCGACGCGCCGCCAAAGAAGCGGAAGCUGGAGGAGGUGGGGUUUCACCACUCGCCGUACCACACGAUCAGAGCAACCGUCGCCAACCUCCGCCGCCGCUUCCUUCAGGUUUGCCAAGCAACUGAUUCCCAAAAGAAAGAUGCUGUUCUUGAGAUCUUGAAAGAGAUAAAAGACGUCAUGGAAUUAUCCAAGAAAACUCGGCUUGAUCUGUCCUCUGUUGCUGAGCCUGUGAAACCAUUAGUCAAACCUAUAGCUAGAGCCCCCAAGGAUAAGCCUGCUGGGACAAUCCCAUCUGCAGAGAAGAGUCAAGUUCCUCCGAUAAGCCUGGCUAGCAGCUUUGUGCACAAUAUCAGUGGGGAUGUACCAUUCGAGCCUGAUAACUCAGACACUGCAGCACAAAGGUUAACAGUGGAGACCAAAAAGGAGGCCAGGCCAAGUGAGAUAAUAGAUUUUACAAAGGAUCCGGGCAAGCUCCUGCAAGGGUCUUAUGUUAUCGGUGGAUCUCCCAUUGGCUGGAAUUUUCUUAUGUGGCCUGGAAGUAAAUCAGUCUACUACGGCUUGACCAAAGCAGAGUGGUUGGCUCGUCAAUCUGCAAAAUGAAAUUCCAUACUCCUAUCCCAGCAAUCUAAGCACUACUUCCAUCUUGGAUGUUCAGAGGAUAACGUAGUAUUUGCUAGUAGCUGCUGUGAUAUAAUUGAAUAGUACAUGACACUCCUAGCAAUAUGACUUCUUGAGUCUUGACACCAGAACACAGUUAUUGAGGUAUAUCAGUAUCAAUAGUCUUUUGGAAUGCUUUUCGUUUCACUACAGGGCAAUCAGCAACAGAUAUCCAAAGAUUUCUUUGGUAUUUUAAACUGAAGAACCGAAGUGAUCUUGUUGUAACGUUCAGUUCAGACUUCAGAAAUGGGUACAAAGAGGAAGAAGCACUCUAAGUACAUGGUAGCGCAUUAGAGCUGAUGUAUGUUCUUGGUAGGGCCUGUUUCGUAUAGCUUCUAGAGCAGUUCUCUGAGUAGAAUCAAGGGAGCUAUGUAAAAUAGUAAUUUUCAGUUUUUAGUUCUCAGGAUGGAAUCUGUGAAAGUGAUUAUCUGAAAUGAAUUAGAUGCUGAGAGUUGAAAAAAGUAGCUUUUUUAUUUACUUCUCGCACAUAAUUACUUAAUCUAUACAAUUAUCUUAGAGAA